CAACACAUGUAAUAUAACCGGAAAUUGUCGAUAGACUGCCACGUAAAUGUGUUCCUGCUCGCAAAGAGUUUCGCGUAAUGAUGCGAACGAACUUUUGAUUUCAUGCCUUCGAAAUGCUCGCAUCGUUAAAUCCGUCGCGGGGGCGGAAUAAUUGCAUGCUCGACGUUGCUCCCUACAAAGUACGCUAUACUUUCUAUUCUACGAAUCACCAAGUCCUCCUCGUUACAGCCAUGAAAGAUUAAAGAUCAAUGAGGUCAAUUGAAGGAGCAUGACCUCGCGCUGAAUGUAGCCGAACAUAAGCAUAUAUCGGCACGACUAAACGUUGUCGACAUGGGUCGCUACGAAAAAACGGACAAAAGUGAAAAAGUGAUUCGAAGUCAUUGACUGGCCUAUAGUGAAAAUAUGGAAAUUAGUUAGCGAGAUGUUUGAUAUGUUAUAAAAAAUUCGUGAUGUAUAAUAAUAUUCUGUGAAAUUAUUCGGCAAAAUAACUUCAAAGUGAGAUUUAUUUUACAAUUAAUUUAUUAUUAUGGAUUCUUAGAUUUAAAUUUUUCGUAUUAUUGAUAUAUGAAAUAUUUUUGAUAAUUAAUAUCUUGGAUAAAAAAUUCUGCUGGAGCCUAUUGGACAAUUAAAAGAAAAAUCAUAUUUGAUAUGCUGUUUCUUUAAAAAAUUCAAAUAUGCCGCGAUAAUCGAAUUACGAUAUGAGCCACGCACAAUCGCGACUUUGCAUUCGAUUUUGACCACGAGUGCAGCUAAUUUCAGCUCGUGCAAGCUCGUGUUUCCAACCGCUAUUUGGUGAGAUUGAGCGGAGCAACGAAGAAAUUCGAGGAGUGUUUUUGCCGUGUGAAAAAUUAUAAUUAAAAUUUUGUGAAAAUUUGCGUGCGUCCGUCUGAAAUGGGGACAAAGUUUGAAUGAUAAGUAUGACGUGACUUUUGUCAAAUUCGAUUGAACUGACGAACCUAACCUCAUUCUGUAACUUUUGUUGCGUUUGGUUGCGUAUCGUUCCGAGUGAAUCGGGUGACAAACCGCGUCCAGAAUGGCGGUCGGCUCGACGAAGGUUGUCCAGGUGACCAAUAUCGCGCCCCAAGCUACCAAGGACCAAAUGCAGACUCUCUUCGGAUACCUCGGCAAAAUUGAGGAUAUCAGAUUGUAUCCUACAAUUAGGGACGUCGCCGUGCCCGUACAGUCACGCAUAUGCUACAUCAAGUUUCACGACCAGGGUUGCAUCGCCGUGGCGCAACACAUGACUAACACUGUCUUCAUUGACCGUGCAUUGAUAGUGAUCCCUUACCAGAACGGAGACAUUCCAGAUGAACAACGUGCUCUGGAGCUUACUAACAAUGGCACAGUCGUACCAGGCCUCUAUCCAUCGGAGCCAAAGUUGCCGCCGAACGUAGUGAACGCCAUCGAGGGUAUCCCUCCAAACCAUGUCAUCACCACGAUGGACCCCAAGUUAGAAACGAAUGGUUUGCCGUCUUACCCGCAUCUACCGGGUCACUUGGAUAGCAGACGUAUCGAGGAGAUCCGCCGAACACUGAUAGUGGCGAAUCUGGAUGCGUCGGUGAGCGCCGAGCAGCUGUUGGAAUUCUUCGGCAACAACAACGUGGAGAUCAAGUACCUGCGUAUGUGCAGUAGGGACUCGGACACCGAGCACUACGCGCUGGUAGAAUUGUCGGAGCAAGGCGCCGUGAUCGCCGCGCUGUUGCUGAACGGAAAGUCACUGGCGGAACAUCCGAUUAAGAUCUACCACUCGACGCAGGCGAUCGCGAAGCCGGAGGCGAAGAGUAAUGAGGCUGCACAGAAAGAGAUAGAAGAGGCGAUGUCGCGGGUGAAGGAAGCGCAUAAUCUCAUCUCCGCGGCGAUCGACCCGAUGAUCGGCAUGCUGUCCAAAGAUAAACGCAGCAGGAGUGGCUCGCGCAGCCGGAAGUCUCGCUCGCGCUCGCGUGGCCGCAGCCGGCGUUCCAGGUCGCGCAAAAGAUCGCGCUCACGCCAUCGACGUUCGCGAUCUCGUCAUCGUCGUCGCUCGCGUUCGCGCUCCAAACGCUCGAGGUCGAAGGAGCGCCGGCGCAGCUCGCCGUCGCGACGACGCAGUGGCUCGCGCAGUCGUCACAGAUCACGCUCCAGAUCACGUCGAUCAAGAUCACGCCGCUCGCCGUCCAGAUCGAAAGAACGCAAAAAGAGAUCGCCACGACGUCGUAGUCGUUCGCGCUCGCGCAGCAAACGCUCCAAGUCGAGAUCUAGACGCUCGCGCUCUAAAUCCAAAUCCAGGUCGUCCAAGUCCAAGUACUCAGACAAGUCCAAGGACAAGGACAGGGAGAGACGUAGCAAAGACAAGUCGGACAAUGGUAAGAGAAGUGACAGCGAUCGGGAAAGGCCCGAAAAGGAGAGCAAGAGCGAGAAGAAAAGGUCUAGUAAGGAGAAGAAGUCCAGCGACAAGUCAGAGUCGAAGUCUGAGGAAAAAGGCAGAUCCGCUUCGGAAAGCAAUGACAGCAAGGAGAAGACUACCGAAUCGGAGAGCUAGACGGAACAAGCUACGCAAUUCGACGGAGUUUCAUUCGUAUUCGAUAAUUUCGUCAGUUUUUGAAAGCCAUCUUUUGUCUUCAUGUAUUAAUACAGUAACAAAAAAAAGAAGAAAAUACAUAGCUUUAUGGCAUUCGAGAGCUUCUUCCUUUCGGAGGUGACGAUCCAUUCGCUCAUUGAUAACCGGAUGUUAUCGCCAACUGUCGACUGAUUAUUACUUAGAUUUUAGGCUUUGACUUUAGUCUUUGACCGCUUUUUUUCGGGACAGGCGGCGGCGGCGGCUUGAAAGUCACCUCAUCAUUCACUUCUAUCAAAGGUACUUUUGAUGGCCUUAAACAGUCAUGAAAAACAGUGUGCUAUGAUAUGCGAUUUGAUUAUGAUGUGUAUCAGUCUUAACUUAUUGCAUAGUAUAAUUUUAAUUGAGUAAAGACAAAACUGUCAACGUUAUAUGAACUAAUUGUUAUAGCGACGAUUUAAGUGCACUGUAACAACAUCAACAUUAAUAUGUACAAACGAUGGAUCGUACGGAAGGAAAUAUGUCUCUCUCUGAAAAAUAAUACUUCGAGACGAUUGUACCUUUAACUGUUGAAUUAUUUUCUAUAUUAAGAAAUGAACGAGCAUACCCAGCUAUUGCCUGAUUCUCGUAAAUAACCACGUCGUCGUAAAUCUUCAUUGGUACUGGCGCGCGGAAGAGCGAUCUUUGCACAUUCUCUAUGGUAGUUCGUCUCUUUAAUACCAUCUGUAAUUUUUUUUAUAUGUAAUUAUCUUCCAGCAUUGUAUUUCUCCCCGAAACCAAAAUAUGUUUUUUUUUUUUAUAUUAUCUCUCACCAUUCCAGUGUUUCUGUCAUGCAGUGAAGACAUUUCCAUCGAGCUAUCCAUGUGAACUUUUCUGUGUAAUACAUCAUCCACUUGGUUACCUCCUGUGAAUUACGAUGAACAUUUUCUGUAUAAUGUCUCGAGCGCUUCUGGGAUAUUAUGCAAAAGCCGUUAAAUUAAAUAUUUUCAAAGUUUA